AAUUUACCUACCAGACUUUAUCCUCCGCCACUUGUUCGGCUGUGUGAGGAAACACGUGGUUCGAGUGACUCCAGCCAGCGUGGAAAUCAUAUACACGCUAACACUACAAAGCCAUUCAGCUCGCCUCAGAGACGAGGACAUGGAGUUUGAGGAGUCGGGAAUUGGGGAGGAAUGCGGGGUGUUCGGCUGUGUGGCGGCGGGAGAAUGGCCAACACAACUGGAGGUCGCGCAGAUUUUGACACUUGGACUUGUUGCUUUGCAGCACAGGGGCCAGGAGAGUGCUGGAAUUGCCACGAGUACUGGAACAAACUCACCGACAUACACCACCCUCAAGGGCAUGGGUUUAGUGAAUACAGCUUUUAAAGCAGAGGAUUUGCUGAAGCUGCGCAAUGGCAACCUAGGCAUCGGACAUACGCGUUACUCCACAACGGGCAUUUCAGAGCUGCAGAACUGCCAGCCUUUUGUGGUAGACACGCUGCACGGCAAGAUUGCAGUGGCACACAAUGGAGAACUGGUCAAUGCCUCUGCACUGCGCAAAAAGGUUAUGCGCCAUGGCGUUGGCCUCUCCACCAGCUCAGACAGUGAACUUAUUACCCAGCUCCUUGCUUUGACUCCACCCAUGGAGGAGCUAGAUACUCCUGAUUGGGUGGCUCGCAUAAAGAAUCUGAUGACAGAGACACCUACAUCAUACUCAUUGCUAGUUAUGUAUAAAGAUGUAAUCUAUGCUGUGAGAGACCCCUAUGGAAACAGGCCUCUAUCUAUUGGACGUCUAGUACCCAUCUCCAAACUGCACAGCUCAGGUGCUGGAGAAGCAGACACAGAAGGCUGGGUGGUCUCUUCUGAGUCCUGCAGCUUCCAGUCCAUUGGUGCAAAGUAUUAUCGUGAAGUACAGCCUGGAGAGAUCGUCCAGAUCUCUAAAAACGGACUGAAGAGCCUAAGUGUUGUCCCACGCCCAGAGGGAGACCCUCCUGCCUUCUGCAUAUUUGAGUAUGUGUACUUUGCCAGGCCAGACUCCAUAUUUGAAGGUCAGAUGGUAUAUACAGUGAGGCAGCGCUGUGGACGGCAGUUGGCCAUUGAGGCUCCCACUGAUGCUGAUGUAGUGAGCACUGUUCCAGAAUCAGCCACACCUGCAGCAUUAGGAUACGCACAACAAUCUGGCCUUCCAUAUGUAGAGGUGCUGUGUAAGAACCGCUACGUGGGCAGAACGUUCAUUCAACCAAACACUCGCCUACGUCAGCUUGGAGUUGCCAAGAAGUUUGGGGCAUUGACUGAUAACUUUGCUGGCAAACGAGUGGUGCUUAUUGAUGAUUCCAUUGUGAGGGGUAACACCAUCUCCCCUAUUAUUAAACUGCUGAAGGAAGCAGGUGCAACGGAGGUCCACAUUCGAGUUGCAUCACCUCCAAUCCGGUUCCCGUGCUACAUGGGCAUUAACAUUCCUACCAAAGAGGAGCUAAUUGCUAAUAAACCAGAGUUUGAGGAUAUAGCGGGUUAUAUUGGUGCUACAAGUGUGCGUUAUCUGUCAGUUGAAGGUCUGGUAUCUGCUGUUCAAGGUGGGAUAGAGUCACGUGGGAAAGAUGAGAGGAUCAGCACUAAGACUACUAGAUUUGGUCAUUGCACAGCCUGCCUCACAGGAAAAUACCCAGUGGAGCUGGAGUGGUGAAUUUUGGCCCACAUAAAUGUCUAUUCAUCUCUGUAUAGAAUAGUUUUUUGUUUCUUUUGAAAUUAUUUGUUAAAAUGACUAAGACCGGAAAUAAAACUUUGGUGCUGCUUUAACAUUUGUUACAGUUGUAAAUGUCAUAAGGCAGGCUACACAUGGUGUUAGAAUUCAAAUAAAACAUUCCAUACA